CUAGAUAAGGAGUGAGUUUUUGCCUUUUUUAAAUUUGAAACUGACUCGAGUUGGAAAUCUUUGUGUGCCCCACACCUCUAGCUCUUUCGGGGGACUUCGACUUUACAAAGGAGCUGAAGGAAGCUGUCGGUUGUUGAUGUUCAGCAGAAGUCAGUCACAGCGGCUUCAGCAGGAGCAGAACCUCAGACGCAGCCCGAAUAUAAAAUACCAAAGAGAGACUCUAGACAGUACUUCGGAAUGGGGCUCUCGGGGCAACGAAGUUCUCCUGAUGCGGACUGUGGCCUGCUGACCGGUAGAUCCAAGAGGACGCCUCUAUCAAGUGCUGCAGACAGGAGGGUAAAGCUCUGGCUUCCAGGAGGACAGCUGAAGCUGCUGCUGCUGCAGCUGCUGUUGCUCUGUGCUCUGCAGACACCCGCCAGGAGCUCUGAGGCUUCUCUUAAGGUAGACCUUGACUUGGCACCAGAUUCCUUUGACGAUCAAUACCAAGGCUGUAGCAAGCAGGUCAUGGAGGAGCUAAGCCACGGAGACUACUUUAUGAAGGAAAUAAGCACUCAUAAGUAUUACUCCAGAGCAUGGCAAAAAGCCCAUUUAACCUGGCUGAGCCAAGACAAGACUAUCCCGGAGAGUAUGACCACCACACACGCUGUGGCCCUUUUGGUCUACACCUUGAAUCAAAAUGUGAGCUCUGACUUUGCUAUGGCCAUGGCCAGCACUGUUGGGUCUCCCAGCCAGUACAGACAGUCAUUCCACUUCAAGUAUUUGCACUACUACCUCACCUCAGCGAUCCAGCUGCUGAGGAAAGAGAGCUCCACAAAGAACAGCAGCCUGUGCUACAAGGUGCACCAUGGGAUGAAGAACAUGAAAUUUGACGUCAAUGUUGGGGCCACCAUUCGAUUCGGCCAGUUCCUUUCUGCCUCCCUGCUAAGAGAGGAGACACGAGUGUCUGGAAACCGAACACUGUUUACUAUUGUUACUUGCCUGGGUGCCUCUGUGCAAGACUUCUGUCUCAGGAAAGAAGUCUUGAUCCCCCCCUAUGAAUUAUUUGAAGUCACAAGUAAGAGCCACAACCCCAAUGGAGAUUUGAUAAACUUGCGGUCUGCUGGAAACCUGAGCACAUAUAACUGCCAGCUGCUAAAAGCUUCUGGCAAGAAGUGCACCCCUGCUCCAAUGGUUAUUGUUUGGCUCUUCGUGGCCAGUGUUGUUAUCUCUUCCAAAAACAGAGAGCAAAGGAAUCCACUGGCUCCUUUUUAAAGAAACUAUUUAAACAUUUUGCUUAUCUUUUUGCUACCAGAAUCUGAGGUCCACACUUCCCACCACACCACAGAAGACACAGAGACAGAAGUUGAUGGAAGAAAAUAAGUUUAUUCAAAACCAGCCCUAAAUAAGGCAGAAGACGACUGUCUCAAACCUUUACCUAAAAGGGAUCUAUGUAUAUUGGUUACUUUCCUUGUUGCUGUGACCAAAACCAAAAGCAGAAGCUCAAAGUUGGGAAGGAAAGCUUUACUUAACUUAUAAAUGCACGGAACAUCAUGGCCCGAACGGCAUGGCACCAGGAGCACCAGGCACCACAGAAGCGUAAGUGGGCAGGGUACCAAACCACAAGCCCCUCCUCCCAUGACUCACUUCCUCCAACAAAGCUCCACCUC